CAAGUGACAUCCAGGUACUUAGUCCUAAUAGGUACGAAAACAUUGAAAACAGUAUCGAAGUUGGUAAAAGGUGGUUAAUUGAUAAAUAAUCAUGAGUAACACAGCUUCUGAGCAACCCAUAGAUGUUAUCAAGCCUACUGAAGAUGGGAAAGCAAAAUUAAGAAAAUGGCUCAACAUGAACUUUAGAAUAGAGAUGACCGAUGGUAGAGUGCUUAUUGGAGUAUUUUUAUGCACAGAUCGAGAUGCAAAUGUUAUAUUAGGAGCAUGUUCAGAGUAUCUUAAAAGUGGUGAUGGUGAAACAGAGGAGCCAAGAGUUCUAGGUUUAGUGAUGGUACCAGGUCGUCACAUUGUGUCCAUUCAGUUGGAUGAUACUACACCUCCACAAAUGUACUGUUAUGAUGAGUGAUUCCUCAAUAAUGUCCUUGGUUUUGUAAUAAAAAAUCCAUUUUUAGUAAUAUCUCUUAUUAGUUUGUCAUUGUGUAUAAUAUUUAUACUUGCUAUCUAUUAGAGUUAAGUUUUAAUAAGGAAUAAAACAAUUUGUAAACAUGUGUAUUUGUAAGUAUUUAUAUUUAUUAAUUAAGGAGUAUUCAAGUUUUCAAUAUGCUGCUUUAGUACAUCUGGUUCAAGGUAAAUAUUUUUAGAAUGAUUAGCAAAGGGGUUGUAUUCAUCUACAUUGUGGUUUGAUUGUAAUAAUACAGAUAAUUCAUUCACAAGUUCAUUCAUUGAAUGCUGAGACCCAUUUAACUUCAAGUACAAAAAUUGUCUAUUUAGAAUAUUAUUUAAGCAAAUAUAUGGUUGAACAACUCCUUCUUGUUUACUUAAUUUACUAUAAUAUAUCACACUUUUGUUUCUUACAUCCUCAUCUUCAUCUUGCAGAAGCAUUAUUGCACAUCUUAUUGUAAUAACUUUUACUGAAUCAGACAAAUUAUCAAACACAUAAGCAAGUUCAUUAUUGGCUGUAGCUGCUACAUAUCUCAUAUCAACAUCUGAUUUAUCAAAAUCACUUAGUUUUUGAAUGAUUUGCAUCAAAGACAUCUGACCAUCUUUCUCAAGACCCAGAAUAUUUCUUGCCAACAAUGGAAUCAUGUAUCUUAUUAUGUAUACUGAUUGACUUUCUACUAAAACUUUUAUAAGUUCUACUACAUCUAAAUGAUUAGAUAUAUCUAUUCGUAAAGAUAUUUCAUAAAUUAUUUUCCAAGUAAUACUGCUGUAAUAUUUUUUCUCAAAUGAUAACAAGAUAUCAACUAUUUCCAAUAGAUGUUCUGUCAAUGCACAUUUCUGAUCUUUAAUUUUGAGGAGAAUGAACUCACAAUACUUUUCGUGAUUACUUAAUUUCAAAACUUUCUGUAACAAAUUUGGUAUGUUAUUCCAUUCAGAUAUCUUUAUAUAUUUCUUGAGACGAGCUUCGGCCCAUAAAUCCACACCAGGCAAGUGCACUGAACUAUUAACUUGCAUAAUUGUGGUUUCAAUAUCUUCUAAUUUGUAACUAUUUAUGAAAACAUCUUCAAAUAAUGUUCUGCUUAGAAACGAAUGGUUACCACUAGAUAUGAUUCUUUCGAAUUUUUCUUUCAGCUGCUCAAAGUACUCUGGGUGAGCUUCAUUCAAUAAAUAAUAUUUUUGGCAUAUACUUAACAAAAUUAAACUUCCAUGCAGAUCAUUUUCUGACAGAAAAACAUGAGUUAAUAAAAUAUGAAAGAUUUGUAUAGAAUCAUAGAUGUUAAAUAUACAUUUUGCUGUCAAUCGUCUAACUGUAUGUAUGGGACUGUUGAGGAGUAUAAACAAACAUUUUAAUAAAUCCUCAUCAGCAGUUUUCUGUAGUUGAAUAUCAAAAGAAAAAUUGUAUCGCUUUGCACUGUUUGCCAAAAGGUUCAAUAUUGGUACCAAGUUUGAGUGUGACUGAACCACAUCUGGUUGAUUGCUUAGCUUUAACUGUUGCAUUAUAUAUUUCCAUAGCUUUGGUGAAUGAGUUCGGAGCUCAUCGCACGCGACAGUCGCUGUAGUUUGCUCAUCACUACCUGAAGCUUUCUUCUCACCAAUUUGCUUUGGUAUCAAGGCUCCAUACAACUGAAGAGCUGCAUUUCUGGAAUUUUUUAAAUGUAAGUUGUCAUAUGUGUCCAUUGUAGUUACAUUGUUAGAAAGUAUUUUAUUUGAGAUUACCUGAUUUGCCAAUGUGCACUAGUAAGAUUGCCAAAAGCAAGUUCAGCCAAUUUAGCAAAAUAAAACAUCAUGUCUGUAGCUAAACCGCUGUCAGUGACUAUUCUUGUCAAGAAAUGUAUGUAGAUUGCUUUUGGUAGAUCAAUUUGAUUUUCAUCAUUUCUUUUUGGGGUGUCCUUUGUUGAAUUACAUAUGUCCAACAGAGUAUUUAUAAAGUAGUGGAACAAAGGCUGAAAACAUUAAUUUAUUAACUUUUUUUUUUUCAAAUGGAAUUUCUAUUGUUUAUUUGGAUUUCUUACUUUGCCCUUCUUCAUGUCGCUGGAUACUAUUCUGUGCACCAUAAUAGACAGACCUGCACCUCUUCUGGUAAUAGAUGCCAUUUUGUUUGUUUCUGAUAUUAAAUCAUUUAGUUUACAUCUAAGUAGAAUGUUGGGUACUUCUGAAGCUUUAUUUUCUUCUGGCAAUGAAGUUAGGAAUUGAAUACCUUUUCCUAUAAAUUAGAGAAAUUG